AAUCACAACUUUACCUUUCCGACCACUGAACCACUAAACAAACAAGACAUUUAUUGUGAGGGGAGUAACUACCAGUAGAGAAUUGCCGCCUGGGGCAACUGUAAUUCAAAAUUUUGGAUGGGCGCAAAGAAGGCCUCAAUCCUAAACCAUCUUCUCAACGCCAAUGUCGCUGCAACUAAUCGCCUUGAACCGCCGCGACAAGCUGAAGUUAAAGCGUUAACCACCGCAAUCACGCUCUACCUCCGCUCUGGAGACCUUGCAAAGGCGGUCUCAGUUCUCUUUGGCGCCCCAUUCCCCUUUCCUUUCUCUAUCUACUCUCACCUCUUCAGAUUCUGUGCCUCAAACAAAGCAGCUGUUGAGGCUCGCAAAGUCGAAUCCCACUUAGUCACCUUCUCCUCGAACCCGCCAGUUUUUGUGCUCAACCGAGCUAUGGAAGCUUAUGGAAAGUGUAACUGCUUGGAGGAUGCCCAAGAGUUGUUUGACGAAUUGCCUCGCCGAGAUGGAGGCUCCUGGAAUGCAAUGAUUACUGCUUAUUCACAAAAUGGGUAUGCCCAGAGGGCAAUGGAAAUGUUUCUCCACAUGCGUCUGUCAGGGGUGUUUGCUACUGAGAUCACAUUUGCAAGUGUUAUAGUAUCUUGUGCUUCCCUCUUGAAUGUAUGUAAUUUAAGACGUGUUCAUGCUCUCAUCAUGAAGUUUGGCUUCUCCGGAAAUGUAAUCCUGGAAACUUCACUGGUUGAUGCGUAUGGGAAAUGCAAAGAGAUGAGUGAUGCUAAAAGGAUGUUUGAUGAAAUCAAGAAUCCAAAUAGUGUUUCUUGGAAUGUGAUAAUCAGAAGGUAUAUUGACCUUGGUGCGGGUAAGGAUGCUCUAUUUAUGUUCUCAGAGUUGGUGAGGGCAAAUGCGAUUCCUCUGACAUUUACUGUAUCCAAUGCUCUUGUUGCGUGCCUGUCCAUUGGUGAGCUCUCUGGAGGGCUUCAAAUUCAUGGAUUUUCUAUCAAGACUAACGUCGAGACGGAUAAGGUGGUUGCAAGUUCUCUUAUUGAUUUGUACAGGAAAUGUGGGGAUAUUGGAAGCGCUCGGAGGAUUUUUGACCUGCUGUGUUCAAAAGAUUUGAUUCACUGGACAUCAUUAAUGUCUGGGUAUGCGAUGGAUGGAAGGACAAGGGAGGCAAGGGAGCUAUUCAACAAGAUGCCAGAACACAAUGUGGUCUCAUGGAAUUCUAUGCUUGCUGGCUAUGUGCACAGUGGAGAAUGGAAUGAAGCCUUAGAUCUUAUAUUUCUGAUGUUCAAACAGACCAGUGACAUUGAUCAUGUCACUAUUGGAUUGGUUCUCAACGUCUCUUCAGCCCUUUCAGAUAUUGAAUUGGGGAAACAGGUUCAUGGAUCCAUGUACAGAAAUGGAUUCCACUCCAAUUUGCAUGCUGCCAAUGCGCUUCUUGACAUGUAUGGUAAAUGUGGGAACUUGAGAAGGACUAUAGUGUGGUUUCAUGAAAUGAGUCAGUGGAGGGAUGCAGUUUCUUGGAAUACUUUAUUAGCUAGCUAUAAUUCACACGGGAUGGGUGAAACAACACUGAUGAGUUUCCCAAACAUGAUAGGAGGGAUUGUACCUAGUAAAUACACUUUUGGAACCCUCUUGGCUUCGUGUGCAAAUACUUUUUCUCUGAAAUCAGGUAAAGAAAUUCACGGGUUUAUCAUCAGAAAUGGGUAUGAGAUGGAUAAUGUGAUCAGUGGAGCAUUAGUUAACUUGUACUCGAAGUGUCGUUUUCUUGAUUAUGCUCUUGAUAUAUUUGCAGUAACACCACAAAAAGAUUUGGUAUUGUGGAACUCUUUGAUGCUGGGAUGUUAUCAUAACAAGAGGAAUGAUUAUGUUUUUGAAUUGUUUGAGUUAAUGAAGGAAGAGGGAAUUAUGCCAGAUAGUGUAACUUUCCAAACUAUAUUUCUUGUGUGCAUUCGUGAGGGUAGUGUACAUUCAGGUAAGCGGUAUUUUGACUUGAUGCGUGAUAAAUGUAGGAUUAUCCCUGGGUUGAAGCACUAUGAAUCCAUGAUUGAGCUGUUUGGACAGCAUGGGUUCUUCGACGAGCUUGAGAGUUUUAUUAAGGAGAUGCCUUUUUCUCUCACUCCUCAUAUGUUAGAGAGAAUUCUCCAUUUCUGUGGAGAGCAUAGGAAUGUUGAGUUCGGAAAGUGGGCUAGUAAUCAACUAAAGCAAGAGAAUUCAUAGAACAGCUUGCUCUAAAAUGGCAGAAGAUGCACAAUAACACUGAGUCACUGACUGCUGAGCUUCUGGUAGUGAAAAGGUUAAGGAAGCACCUGGUUGUUGCAUUGCUGAGAACUAGUUUGGCAUCAAUGAAGUUUCUAGAAGCAGGCAAAACAUCUUUAAAGGAGGCUGGCCACCUGCACCUCUAACCAAUAAAGAAUGGGUUUGCUAUUCUAGGAAAACAUAGGCAUCCAAGGAAUGUGUAUGCUUUGGGUGGAGAUCUUUCAAUCCAGAACUUAGAGUGGUUGCUUAUGGGCUUUGGUUAAGAAAAUCAGUUAUCAAAGACUCCAGUAACAUGUUUUGCACUUUUCAGGUGUCAUUAACAGCAUUCUAAAAACACAAUAACUGGCAAUCUAGUAUGGCCUUCUCAUUUGAUCACCUUGGAGCACAACGAUGUUCAGCUAUUAUUGAACUAGAUUUAUUCUCACUUUUGAAAAUGUAUAGUACGUUCUACGAAGGAAAUAGUUUUUUAUUUAGAAAAAUGUUUUACACACUUCUUGACCCCCAUCAUACAGAGUUGUACACUAAAAUAGGUGUAUGGAUAUAUACCCAAGAGUGUUGUACAGAAAUGCUAUUUUCUGAAAGAAUAUUCUUUACUGUA